CCCAGAUUAAUAGUCAAUUCCCUUCUCCAAGCCUCGUCAGCUUAUCCCACUUCCUAUAUGUCCCCCUAUACACGCUAUCCUCAAACAACUACUUCCGUUAUGGAGAAGAAAGAAGAUCUUGGCUCGGCUGUGGUCCAUGAUGAGGAUAUCUUCAAAGAUACUGAGAAGCCUAGCGCGGUACAACGUGAUUACUCUGGUGCUAUCAUCUCGAUUGACCCAAUCGAGAAACGACUUGUUAAGAAGCUAGACCUCAGAAUCAUGGUGCGCUAGAUCUUUCUCUCAACUCUUCUAAGUUAACGGGUAUUAGCCAACGCUUUGGUUAAUGUACUGGCUUAACUAUCUCGAUCGUAAUGCUAUUGCUCUAGCGAAGCUGGAUCAUAUCGAAAAAGAUCUUAACAUCACUCCUACGCAGUACUCCACCUGCGUCUCCAUUCUCUUCGUCGGUUACAUUCUUGGUGGAAUUCCCUCGAACAUGUUGAUUACCAGAAUCAGGCCAUCCUUUUACAUGGGAUCAGCCAUGGCGCUCUGGGCCAUCGUUUCGACACUUACCAGCAUUUCACAAAAUUUCACUGGGCUUCUCCUUACUCGAUUUUUCUUAGGCGUCACAGAGGCCCCAUUUUAUCCUGGUGCAUUGUACCUCCUUUCCAUCUUCUACACCAGGAAAGAGGUCGCCACUCGCAUUGCCAUUCUAUACACAGGAAACAUCUUCGCUACUGCCUUUGCUGGUCUAAUCGCCAUUGUCCUCUUCAAAAUGGACGGAAUCGCGGGCCUUGAGGGAUGGAGAUGGCUCUUUAUUAUCCAGGGUAUUUUAACCUUUGUAGUGGCUGUUGUUGGCACCCAUUUCCUACCCGAUGACCCAACUGUGACCCGCUGGCUCACACCAGAGGAGCGCAUUCUCGCACACGAACGUAUCAAGCGAGACACAGUUGAUGAUCAGGGCAAAAUCUCUACUAUUAAAGGACUUAAAGAAGCUCUUUCGGACUACCGGGUUUGGAUUUUUGUCUUUAUGCAGCACAUGCACCUGGCAUCUAACGGAUUCAAAAACUUUUUCCCUAGUGUUGUUCAAGGUCUUGGCUUCGAUCGAACCAUCACCCUUGUGUUGACUUGCCCACCAUAUCUUAUUGCUGGUGCGAUUAGCGUGUAUUGGUCAUGGUCUUCAGGGAAGUUCAAUGAGAGAACCUGGCACAUCUCAAUUGCUAAGGCUGUCGCCAUUCUUGGAUUUAUACUUGGAUUCGCAGUCAACAACACUGCUGCACGCUACGUCAGCAUGGUUAUUUUUGCUAUUGGAACUUACGCUGUUAAUAGUAUCAUUCUCGGGUGGGUUGGUGCUACCUGCGGACAAACAAAGGAGAAGAGAGCUAUUGCAAUUUCUAUCAUCGUUAGCACAUCAAACGCGAGUUUCAUCUGGACUCCGUACCUUUGGACCAACUCUUACGGGGGAAGGUAUACUCUUGCGCUUGCUACUAGCGCUGCCUUUUCUGCAGCAACAGCUAUCGCAGCUUGGGCCAUGAGAUUCAACCUCAUGAGAGAGAACAAAAAGAUCAGACAAGAUGAAGAUGAAGCGACCUUAUAUUAUGCCUACUAAAGGAG